UCACAGUACAGUACACAACUGAGACAAACAUGACAGACGAACCAUGUGGAUGACUCUGUUAUUAAUCGCACAAGCCUCUUGCGAGUGGGUGGAGAUAUCACAGCAUCACUACAGGAAAUCGAUCAGGACUCACCAAGAGUACGCCAAUCAAACUGUUGCCCCUCAUACGUGGACUGAUCGAAAUGUUGGCAUCACUCGCAUCGAAACAUCUAGCGCCUGGAACAAAUAUGGAAUGGACGAUAGAAACACUUUUACACGUGAUGUAACGGCAGGCAUAAGGAAUAAAGAGUUUAUAGGUACUGUUGAAAAAUUACUUAAUAAGGGAGUAAUAAGAAGGGUCCAACUUCCAAACACGCAAGUGAAAUCACCAACAGUUAUGGAAACUACAAGUGCUAGUGAUCAAUUGUACACAAACCUCGAAAUAUCUUUGGAGAACGCUUCUGAAGAAUUACCUCAACGAAUCUACAAGAAUAGAAAGCAGCAUGUCGAUACAACAGUCAAUGAAUUUGAUACUCAAGUCACGAAAGUAACUAUCAAAAAUUAUAGUCUGGUAAAUGAUAACGAAAGCAACCAUAAUGAAUACGAAAAAGAAUAUCAGAUCGCUACAGAAACAACUACACAUCAAGAAUUGGACCAGAAUUCAAGGAAACCUGACAUUGCUUUAUCAGGACAUGAUAUAAUAAAUUACCAAUAUCGUAAUCCAAAUAAUGAGAAGCUGAAGCCUUUAGAAUCAGGCGAUAAUGUUUCUACUCUUAACAUUGAAGAAGAAAAAGAGAGUCAUGAAUAUGAUAGUACUGAAGAAACUCAAUCGGUGAAUAAUAAAGCAAACACGAUAGAAGUCCUGGUAAAAUUUAUGAAAACUGUUGCAGAAAUAAUUUCCAAAAACUCUCACAAAAGCCUUAGAAGUAAAAUGAGAUAUUUACACGAGCUGAAGAACACAAUGCUGGAUAACAUAGAAAACAGAAUUGACAUGUUAUGGCCUGACGAUGACACGGAUCCAGAAAAUGGUGCGAAACGACGCGCACGUUCUGCAAACGACUCCGCACGAGGACAUGUCGAGUUUCCGUCAUCAGAAAGCGCGCUUAUGACCAUAUCGUUUCUUACUUUCGCCGUAUUCCUGAUCAAACUUGUUUUGCAAGUGAUCCAGACGUACAAGAACAAGACAAUGAUGGUAGCGCCGCUUGUGGUCGCUACAGCCGGCCGCGCCGCCGUGCAACGACUUCGAGACAACUACAAACAAAAUAAUUAA